AAUACCUUUAAUGAAACAGUAAAUGCAUUUGUUGGGCUUGCAGCUAUUCAGAUUGCACAAAUUGAUGUUUUAAGGGCUGCAGGUUUGCAGCCUGAUGGGAUUAUUGGUCACUCAGUCGGAGAACUGGCCUGUGGCUAUGCAGAUAACUCCCUAACACAUGAAGAAGUAAUUCUCUCAGCUUACUGGAGAGGAAGAUGCGUCAAAGAAGCAAAAUUGCCACCAGGAGGCAUGGCCGCUGUUGGUCUGACAUGGGAGGAAUGCAGGGAAAAGUGCCCUCCAGGAGUGGUACCUGCCUGUCACAAUGCCGAAGACACUGUCACCAUCUCAGGCCCUCAGGAGGCUGUAACCAAAUUUGUGUCUAAAUUGAAAUCAGAAGGUGUGUUUGCGAAAGAAGUGCUGAGUGCUGGAGUUGCUUUCCAUUCCUACUAUAUGGCUUCAAUUGCACCAGUGUUGCUGAGUGCCCUGCAGAAGGUUAUCCUAAAUCCGAAGCCUCGCUCAUCCCGCUGGAUCAGUACCUCUAUCCCCGAAAGCCAGUGGCAAAGUGAGCUGGCUCAGAAUUCCUCUGCUGAGUAUCAUGUGAAUAAUCUUGUCAACCCAGUCUUGUUCCAGGAUGGUCUGAAGCACGUUCCAGAUAACGCAGUGGUAGUGGAAAUCGCUCCACAUGCUCUUCUACAG